AUGAGGAGGGGAGACUUACUCAUAUGCUCCUUUUCCAUUCUGUGCCUCCUGGCUCAGUCUACAUGUGAAAGCGCUUUCACACCUACAACUGGAGAUUCUGGACCUCUCAAGCAGCAUGAUCAACUUAAGGUUAAGGAUAUACAUGAAAUGACGACAAGAUCAAGUAGAAAAAGCCAUGAAAGACCAUAUGGGAGAAUGCAUCAAGUUCAUCAUCUAAGGACUUCCCAGAAAGCAAGGGCAAUCUAUGGUGGUGCCUCUGACCUUAAGCGCCCCCGUACCAACCAUAAUGCAGCAAGCUCUGUACCCGUUAAAUCCACCCUCGCUUUAUUCCUCCCGGCACUGGCUGUGCUUAUAUUUUCUUUGUAG